GGGAAGGGGAAGGGGGGGGGGAGAGUGGAGGGGGAGAGAGGAGAACAAUGCGCGCUGGGCAUGACAGGACUGGAUUGUCCCAAUCCUAUGCCUUUUCCAUGGCGGCGGCGACAAUAGCUACAGCCGUGGCAAGAGAGCCCCCUCAGCGCCUCCGAGUGAGGUAUAUAUCCCCCCCUCCUCUCCUCACCCGCCCCCCAUCCGUCAGCUAGACACCUUCGCCCUCACCCACCACCCACCCCGGCACCUAUCCACACCGACGCACGCACCAUGCCCGCCCUCCCCCCCUCCCAGCGUGGCCCCCGCGCCCCAGCCUCCUCCGAGGACGACGCGCCCGCUGGCCUUGCGGCGUACAUCAGUGCCGCGCCCCCGACGUGGAUCUUGCUUGGAGGCUGUUAUCUGCUAUACCGCGCGGCGAGGAUCAGGAUGAGAAGGAGGGCGCAAGCAGAUGACCGACGAGCCUGCAACGACGACGAGUGCGAUUGCGAGGACGACAAGGCUGGCUGGAUUGGCUCGAGGGAGGAGGGAUAUCGAGACGACCCCGUCGAGGCUGAGGCGCACCGAUUAAGAGCAGAACAGCUGGCGAAAGAAGCAUACCUGGAUCGAGAUAUGAACCCCCCGUUUCACAACACCGAAAUGCCGAACUCUUCCCUCCUCGAUAACAGCACACCCCCGCCGGACUGGCAACCUAAGAGCCAGGACCUCUCCAUGGGGAAACGUCAUGUUACACCCCCUCCGCCUCCACCACCUACCUCUGGCCCUGCAAUCAUCGAUGGACCUGCAUACACAUGGCAAGAAGACCAGUCCUCCAUCUCCGAGUUCUCUUUUGCCGAUAUGGCUGCCAACGCUGCCGCUGCCGGCAUCUACCCCCCGGUUACUUCGAAGCCCACCACCCCUCCCACUACCUCUGUCGCCGGAGCUCCCGCCACACCAGCAACGGAGACCAAGAGGCGUUCCUACAGCAUAACUGCCGCUGGGGUCGAGGUCGUAGGUGAAGUCGUGACCGGGGAGGGAUGGCGGAGGCAUACGAGGGUAUAUGGGGGUGGGGUAUGCCUGGCGUGCCUGGAGAGUGAGAGGAUGAGGGCUGCAAUGGGGAUGGAUGCUCCUCCUGGUGGUCUACCUGCGGAUGUGGCAGUGGUAGAGGGAGAGGGAACUGCAUGAAGUUGAGCUGCAUUUUGUGCGGACAGGGGUGUUUGGUGUUUUGCUGGUGAACAGUGAAGACGAGCGUAUGCGGGCGUGUCGCGUUGUAGCGAGUUGGUUGUUUCGUGUGGAGGUUGCUCUUGCAUCCUGGCACUUUAUUGCUUCUUGGAUUCUUUCUUCUUUAUUUUUUCAUCUUUCUUCAUCACGACUUCUGGCCGUGCGCGCGCAUUUGCGUUGUGGCUUCAUUUUUGGCGACAUCAAACAUAUUUUUAACGACAACUUUUAUUACGGCCGAAUAUAGGGAGGGAAAUGGGGGCGUCAUAGAUGGCGGGGGGCAGUGCAAACUAAGAGAUGGGAUAUAGUAGAUGAGAUGAUGAGACGAGAUGAGACGACGGAAAAUGGACAUGGCUGAUGGGCUAGGUUAGAUUUCUCCUGCUCCAGGGCGAUGGGGGUAGGAAGGAAGGUCACUGGCGCAAAUAUAUAUAUCAUCAUAAUCUGUGCUUUCUAUCAUUGUCAUUGCUAUUGUCGCUAGCUACUGAGGUCUGCCAUCCUAGCCACCUCAUCCAUCAUAAAACUGUCAUAAACGCAUACAUCCCCACACUUAGAUCCCAUUCCACCAGCUCGUCUUCGCGACCUCAAAGCCGCCCUCCAAAUACCUC